UACACGGGAGACUGAGUUUGUUCUGCUCUUGGAAAAGUGCUGUCAACUGCGAGUCAGUUAGGAUUUGCAAGUGCGUGGAAAAACAUUCCGAAGGCCACGGUUUCGUAAGCGUUCUCGUGAUCGUAUUCAAAGUCUUGGAAGGAAAAAAGUGUUUUCUCGGUCGAAUAUCUGUUUAGAGUGCACUAAAAAGAGCAUCAAUUGCGCGAAAAAAGCAGAAAAGUCUAGCACUCGAGUGUGAAUAGCGUUAAAGCAAGCUUUGCAUCAAUUUUCACCUGGGAAACAGUUCAUUAAAAGGCCUCAAAACGGAGCACAUAACGAAAAUGAUGGACUUCAGCGGUGGGGCCUACGGCGGAGGCAAAGCAGGCGGAGCAUUUGAUCCCAUCGGAUUUGUGAUGCGACCAACUGUGAUCCUGCGGGCAGUUUGUUGGCUUUUCGCGAUAAUCGUCUUUGGCUGCAUAUCGUCCGAAGGUUGGCGGGAAGAGAACGGUAAGGAAUAUUGCAUUAUCAAUCGGGAUACAAAUGCUUGUAACUACGCCGUCGGAAUCGGAGUGAUUGCUUUCCUGGCCUCCAUGGGAUUCAUUGCGGGCGAAUACCUGUUUGAGAAGAUGUCAUCGGUUAAAACGCGGAAACACUAUGUUCUAGGAGAUCUUGGAUUUUCUGCUUUGUGGACCUUCCUGUACUUUAUUGGCUUCUGCUAUUUGACCAAUGCGUGGGGCAAAGCGGAUGACCCGCCCAACGGUGAGGGCGUAAACAACGUGCAGGCUUCCAUCGUUUUUUCGUUCUUCUCGAUCUUCACCUGGGCCGGUUGCGCUUACUUUGCCUAUCUACGCUUCAAAGCCGGUGUGGAUCCGUCCUUCUCGUCGACGUACGAGUCGGAUCCGAAUGCGACAACGCAGUAUUCGGCCUAUCCGGUCGGUGGAGCUGAUAGUGAACAGUUCCAGUCGGCUCCGUUUGGUGGUCAGCAGCAGCAGCAGCAGCAGCAACCUGCUGGUGACUUCAAUGCUACGACCUAUUAAACAAACACACAACCAUCGCACCAUUUGCCCGUUGAACUUCAAUGGCAAAUCAGUAAUAUGAAGCAGAGCAAUCGAGAAGCUUGACAUUCGGCGUUAUGUAGAGAAGAGCGUAGACAUACAUUCCUCCCAGCUCAGCUACUAUUUUAUAAGUGGAAAUCCAAAGCUGCGCUGCAGUUUCAAACAGCGAUUAUGGCACUGCCGUUAUACAUGUAAUUGUCCCAUGUAUGUUAGGGAAUCUCACAGAAAAUGGAACGUAUAUCUGUAUAGCGGCAGUGUAUUCAAAACAACCAACCAACCAUCUAACUAGAUACAGUUAAUCGAGUAAAUAAGAUUUCCAACGCAUUCUGCAGAUACAUUUUGAAAUUGUCAUAUGUAGAUUGAUACAUAGCAGCUUUAAAAACAGACAUUUUCGGCCCAAAGAGACACAAUCUAUAGAGGGCUUUUGCCGCUGAUCGCAAUGGGCAGGCAUUUUGUUGCUCUUUCCUAUGAUAGGUCCAUUAGUUUGACAUUCAUUGCCCCGAGUACAAAUAUAGCGAAGUAAUGGGUUAUGAUACGCCGAAACGACCAGCAAAUGAAUGAGUACAACAUCGCAUUGCGCCCUCUAAUAGUUGUAAUCUCUUUUUAGCGGCCAGAUUUGAAAAUAAUGCAACACACCAAGGCCCAUACACACACAUUGUUACAUCUUACAUGCGUACAUACACCAACAAAACUACAUACACUGAUCGGAGCAAUGAGGUAAUAUAGCAAAACUAAAUAAACAACAAACCAAAAAGAAUAUUCAAGCAAAGAGAUUUAGAAAGUAUUGUUAGUUUACGAUAAAAAACUAAAUCCUUAUCCUUAAGCAAAAAGAAAAAAAAAGACAAAAGAAAAUAUAUCCUAUCGUACUUGAGGUAUGAUUUAUCAUGAUGAAAAUAUGGAAAAUAAAAAAGAAUCAUCAUAAAUAAACUACAGACUAGCUGUAAGAAUCCGACAGAUGAGACAAAUGAGGAGUCGCAAUCACGUCGGUGAAGCGCGUGCACGCUCUAAUCGGUAAUCAUUUUCUAGAAAAAGCGUUUGUUCUUGUGAUUCUUGGGAGCCCGUGACAGCGAUCACAGCAAGCCGGGUGUUAGACAUUCUAAAUAAAAAAAAGAAAAAACAAUUGCGGGAAAAGAAAUGUUUUUUUUAUCAAGCAGCUUGGAAAUUGUAAGUGUGGUAGUACAACAAGAGCCAACAAACAUAAUAGUGGUAGUCUAAAAUGUGCAAUCUGUUUGAUGUUUCGAACCUAAUGGUUAACGGCUAGCAAGCUUAGCAGAUGGACGUGGUCUAAAUUUGCAAAUGAUGAUUGUACUAUUUGGAAUCAUGUUGUGCUAAUCGGUAGCGAUAUUAUCGGUCUAUCUGUUUUAGUCAUUCGCUGAAUUAUGUGCUGCAAUAAAACGUUAUCGAAAACACUGCUACCUGAAUUGAUGAUCCGCUUAGCAAUCUGAACACAGACGAGAUCAUUAUUUUAUUUAGUUUAGUUUUUAGCUUGCUUGGAUGUUAUGUAAGUUAUCAUUGUCAGCGAGAGUUUCAAAAAAUAUUGAAGUCGCAAUAGUUAUAUCCAAUAAGUGACUCUUCAGUAGAAAUCGGCCAGAGAACUUAUUAUUCAUCGAUAUUUACAAAAUAGUCAAUAUUUUUGGAACUAAAAUUUUGUGCAUGGUUACCUAGAAUCGAAGGGAAUGGCAGCAUCACAUUGUGAACGAAUUCCCGAUGAAACUUGUGGCGUGUUUGCUUGAAGCGAAACUGAGCUAGGUCCGAGCUCCAACUGUUUUCAAAAUGUAGGAACUGGCAGCUCGAUAGUUAAAUUGUUUACAAACAAUGUAGAAAGAAGCGUGGAGUUGGGACAAGGCAAUCGACAUUUUACGAUAUACACAGCUAGAACAAACUUUGCCGAAAAAACUGUGUAAACAUUUAAAUGAAAAUACGUUGAAAAUCACCAUCGCAUACAGGUUCGCAUACGUGCAUCACUAUUGUAUCCAAGUUUGCAUACAAGUCCCGUAUAGCGAUUGCUGGCCGAUCGAAGCGCCGACCAGUGGCAAGUUGCUACUUGCUGUUGUCAUUUCAAAGCGACAGUUUAAUUUCUUACACAAGUUGAAAACUUUACUUGUAUGUCAGUUCUCAGUGCUUUUAGUACCUUGAGUCAUACUUCAUAAUGAUAUUGUUGCUUGAUAGACAUAAACAAUACACUUUUGCUCAACUCGUCAGAUUUUUUCUCCAUCGAUAAAGAAGACAGCAUCAGCCAGACUAUUUUCCACGAAUACUCCCUUCAGUAAAACAUAAUUCAAUAAGUAAUCACAUUGAAUGAAGUUGAAGAAAUUAGUAAGCUAAGUCGAUUAAUACGGUGUCGAAACUUUUCCACACACGCAAAAUUAGUUUUUAAAAAGAUAUACCGACGCUUGACAAACAUGGUUUUAUUCUGAGCAAAGGUCUACACCUGCAUUAUCGACGGCAGAUUGUCAAUACUCGAUAAAUAAAUUUGCUGUCAUUCCUCUCGAUAGAGCUUAAAAUCUCGUGCACUGUUCGAAUUUAUUUUUUUAUCAUGCAUUUACCAGAGUAAGUAAACAGCAACCUAUGCUAGUCUUCAUUUAUUCAUUUUGCUUGUAAUAUCACAGAUCGACGCAUCAUCAACCUGGCAUGUAAAUGCCCGAAUCUCUAUGAAAACCAAUCCCAAAUAAGAGAUAACUUUAUCGAUCUUUCCACCACUUUCUCGAUUUGAGAGAUUUUAUCCCCGCCCGCAACAAAAAAUGUAACCAAUACAAAUCAAUGAAUCCCCCGACAUCGAUCCUUCACCUAUACAUAUGAAAGUUCCCACAGAAUAGAGUUACGAUGCUUCAAAACAUUCCAUUGAAUCAUACUGAGCCCAUAAUCAUCGUAGGAAAGAAAGACUCUUAUGAACACCACUCCAUAUGAAACAGACUUAACGACAAAACUAAAACCUUCCCGUUUUCUGUCAACAGUGAUUGAAUUACCGGUAACAACUAGUAGUUAACGGAACCAACUGACAGUGCAACACCGCUAAACUAGGGUUUUCUUUGCCAGAUGAAAUACUUUUUUCAGUUUUUGGAAUCGCACGAAACAAAAAGUUAAUAUCUGAAUAUAUGAAGAUGAAAAUAAUCUAUUGGAAUAAAAUGAAAUGUUAUUAAUAUACACUGUGCAUUAUUUAUAGUGAAAUCAGAGUUUAAUAUUGAAAAAAAAGAUUGAAGAUAGUAUAGAAAGAGGCAAAAUUCAAAAGGAUUGUUGAAAAUUUCAUCUUCUUUCGCUAUGACCGUAGAAAAAAAGUUCACAGUUUAGGUUUUUAUUAUUUGCACAAUAACAUCGCGGAAAUUUCUCAAUACAUUUUGAAACGAUUGUGUUACCACCUGUGUGAUUCGAAGGAAAUUGGUCAACUUUUUUCUUUCUUUCUGGCGGUCCUACAAUUGAAAGACCACCACCACCACCUUGAAGCAAUAGUCAUUCCAAAAUUUCAUUCUACCAAAUCCUAUCAUCAUAUGAUCGUAAAAUUUUCGAUUAUAUCAGUUCACCAUUACCAAGAAACGUAUCUAAAUAAGAAAAAAAAUCAACCGUAGAGAUAAAUGUGAUUUCGAACAGAUUUAAUCCCACAUGACAUUGUUAAAACCUAAAAAAGUGUAUACAAAACGUUUAGCCCAGCUGCGUUGUUGAGUGCGUUCAGUUGAUUUGGGGUAACCAAUAACAAACAACAACAACAACAAAAAUCGGAUUUCAGCAUCAUCAACCGCGUUGCGUUGGUCGAGCAGUACCUACACCCCUACUACUAAUAGAGAAACAAAAACGAGAAUGAACAUUAGUACCAAGUAGUAAACAAGUACAUAAAAUUAAUCGUGAAAAAGAAUACAAAACAAAACAAAAUAUUGUAUAACAAAACCAAAUAAUGGGCGAUCAUCAUUGUGUACUAUUGAUUAGCUUGUUUUUUAGUUUUAUAUAGUUACUUUUACUAAUAUAUAAAAUAUAUAUAUUUAGAAAACGCAAAGUGGUCAUCGUGUCCUUUCGCGCUAAAACGAAAAGGAAUCGGAGGACGAACCUUGGUGCAGUGUCACGGUGCGAAUCGAGGGAGGCAAAACCAAAAACCAAAUGAAUUAUGUUAAUAAAAAUACUUUAGGAAAAAUGUA